AUGGAGAACUCAACUAAAGAAGGAAACUACACCAUCACCAAAGAAUACUUCUGCACAAUUGGUAUUGGAAUAGAUCAGAAGAUAGUCAUUUCAGCAUUGAAUAUUCCUCAAUCUAUUUCUGCAUUUCUGGGCAAUGUUCUGAUCAUUGUUGCUCUUCAAAAGGUGUCGUUUCUUCAUCCACCGUCAAGACUUUUGUUGGGUUGCCUUGCGGUCACUGAUCUUGGUGUAGGGCUCAUAACCCAGCCUAUUCGCAUUGCUCUAUUUAUGUCCCCAGAACACUCCAAGCUUUGUUAUUAUCUCACAAUCCUUUUUGAGACCAUAGGUGGAAUGUUUUGCGCAGUAUCUGUGUUAACAACGACUGCAAUAAGUGUAGACAGACUUCUCGCCUUGAUGUUGGGGCUAAGAUAUAGACAGGUAGUAAGUUUGAGACGAACAUCGGUCUUUGUUGUCUCCCUUUGGCUUUUCAUCGCUGCUAUUGUAAUAGUAGCGUUUUAUAACUUCCACAUUGCUUUAAACAUCGCUUAUGUAAUUCUUCUGUUGUGCAUUGGAACAUCAACUUUCUGUUACAUGAAGAUUUAUCUCACGCUUCGCCAUCGCGAAACUCAAGUGCAAGGAGAAGUUCACCAAGGUCAACUGGAUGGACAAGGAAUCACUUUGAAUAUAGCAAGAUACAGGAAAACAGUGUCUAGUGCACUGUGGAUACAGAUGACAUUACUGGCUUGUUAUCUUCCAUAUAGUACUCUCACAGCUUUUAUUGUAAUAUCUGGAAUAGAUAAACAAGCCCUCAACCUGGCUUGGGCUGUAACAAUGUCUUUACUUUUGUUGAACUCAUCCCUUAAUCCAUUUCUAUACUGCUGGAAGAUGAAGGAGAUAAGACAAGCAGUAAAGGACACAGUCAGACAGUUUGGCUGCUUAAGAAGGUAA